AACAGAUUGAGAAAGGUGUUAGAUGGAGUAAUUGGAGACACCCAAAUGGCUUUUAUUGCAGGAAGACAGUUACCAGAAAGUGUUGUGAUUGCAAAUGAAGUGCUGGAUGAGGUAAAGAACAAGAAACGAAAAAGCUUCUUUUUUAAGGCAGACUUUGAAAAGGCAUAUGACAAUAUCUGUUGGAACUUCCUAGACUCAAAGAUGAACAAAAUGGGGUUUAGCGAAAAAUGGAGGAAAUGGAUCCAGGAAUGCUUGAAAACUGCAUCAAUAUCUGUGCUAAUAAAUGGUAGCCCCUCACAACAAAUCAAGAUGUCAAAAGGCCUGAGACAAGGGGACCCAUUAUCCCCUUUUCUAUUUUUGUUGGUAGCAGAAGGUCUGAAUGGGUUGAUAAUGAAGGCUGUAAGCAAGGGAUUACUAGAAGGUAUUAAAGUGGGGAAGGGUGAAUUAAGCAUAUCCCAUCUACAAUUUGCAGAUGAUACCUUGAUCAUGGGGGAGGCAAAAGAAGAGAAUAUAUGGGCUGUCAAGUGUAUCAUGAGAAGUUUUGAAUUGGUGUUAGGAUUGAAGAUCAAUUAUGCGAAGAGCCAGUUAAUGGGUGUUAAUGUGGAAGAGGAAUGGUUAACCCGGAUGGCAAGCUUGUUAAAUUGCAAGAUUGGCACAAUACCUUUCAAAUAUCUGGGCACUUGGGUAGGUGGCAAUCCAAGAAACAUCAUGUUCUGGAGAGAGCUGAUUGAAUCUUUCGAGAAGAAGUUAGCAAAAUGGAAAGGCAAGUAUGUCUCGACGGGUGGUCGGAUAACUCUUAUAAACUCAGUAUUGUCUUCAUUGCCCGUGUUCCAAAUGUCGACUCAUCUUCUCCCAAAAGGGAGACAAUAUCCGGUGAACCAAAUGGGUAUAUGGGAAGAUGGCCGGUGGAGAUGGAACUUGAAGUGGAAACGAGAUCUUAGGGAGUGGGAAAAAGUGAUGGAAAAAGAGUUGUUGGAUGCAAUCACACCGAUUCAACCCAAUCAAGGAAACGAGGACAAGUGGCUUUGGAUAUUAGAUAGUAAGGCUGGCUACUCCACAAAGUCAGCAUAUCAAUUCCUGACAUCAAGGCCUCAUCGAACCGAAGAGAUAAAUACUAGUCAUCACAGUAUCAAUGAAGGAUGUGAGGAGGCUGAUGAAUACCAGCAUGCUGCAAACAAUUGAGACGUACCAGAAAAGAAACUAAGGAACUCCAA